AUGGGAACGUUCUUUUUCAUCUUCUUCCAUUCUUUUCUCUUUCUUCUACUUUCUUCAUCGGUCUCACCCAGAAAUUUUCCUAUUAUACCCUUCGAUGAAGGCUAUUCACCUUUGUUUGGAGACAAUAACUUGAUCAUUCAUUCUGAUUCCAAAACUGUUCAUAUCUCUCUCGACGAGUCUUCAGGCUCUGGAUUUGCUUCUCAUGAUAUUUACCUUCAUGGGUAUUUCGGUGCUUCCAUUAAAUUACCUUCUGAUUACACUGCCGGAGUUGUUGUUGCAUUCUAUUUAUCAAAUGGUGACAUGUAUGAGAAGAACCAUGAUGAAAUUGACUUUGAAUUUUUGGGAAACAUAAGAGGCAAAGAUUGGAGGAUUCAAACCAAUAUUUAUGGAAAUGGAAGUACAAACAUUGGAAGAGAAGAAAGAUAUGGUCUAUGGUUUGAUCCUUCUGAGGAUUUUCACCACUACAGCAUUCUCUGGACAGAUUCUAAGAUCAUAUUUUAUGUAGAUGAAGUUCCUAUAAGAGAAAUCAAGAGAACAGAAUCAAUGGGAGGAGAUUUCCCAUCAAAACCAAUGACAUUGUAUUCAACCAUAUGGGAUGCAUCUACAUGGGCUACCAAUGGAGGAAAAUACAAAGUAAACUACAAAUAUGCACCUUUUGUUGCUCAAUUCUCUGACUUUGUCCUACAUGGUUGUGCAGUUGAUCCUAUUGAACAUGUGACUAACUGUGACAACAGUCUUCAAACUUCUGAAACACUUCCUUCUUCUGAUCUAACACAAGUCGAAAAAAUCAAAAUGGACAACUUUAGGUUAAAGCACAUGACAUAUUCUUACUGUUACGACAAAACCAGAUACAAAGUCCCUCUACCCGAGUGUGUAAUCGAUUCGCGACAAGCUGAAAAACUAAGAAAAUUCGACCCAGUCACAUUCGGUAAUGGAAGGCACCGCCGUGGAAAGCGACACCACCACAUAGCAAAAGAAGCCGCCGCAUUUUAG